AUGUCCCUUAAGUUCAUCUCCCUGCUACUCGUCAUCGCUUUCACAAUCAUUUGUCAUGUCGAAGCCGCCCGUUUCGACAUAACAAACAAGUGUCCGUACACCGUCUGGGCCGCCUCGGUCCCCGUUGGAGGAGGCCGCCAGCUCAACAGGGGUGAUACAUGGACCAUCUACGUGGCGCCUGGGACCACCGGGGCCCGGAUUUGGGGCCGGACCAACUGCCAGUUCGAUGGUGCGGGAAGGGGAAGGUGCCAGACGGGCGACUGCGGUGGUGUCCUAAACUGCGAGGGCUACGGUGCGGCCCCCAACACCUUAGCUGAAUACGCUCUGAAGCAGUACAUGGACCUCGACUUCUUCGACAUCUCCGUGAUCGACGGCUACAACGUGCCGAUGGAGUUCCGCCCAGCGUCGGGGAACUGCGGUCGCGUGAUCCGGUGCGCGUAUAACAUUAUGGCGCAGUGCCCUAACGAGCUGAGGGUGCCCGGGGGUUGCAACGGGGCGUGCCCGCAGCUGAAGAGGGAGGAGUUCUGCUGCAACUCGGGGAACUAUGGUCCUACGAAUCUUUCGAGGUAUUUCAAGGACAGGUGCCCUGAUGCUUAUAGUUACCCUAAAGAUGACCAGACCAGCACUUUUACGUGA